AUGGGGGGCGACAAGAAGAGGGGAGGAGGAGCGACAGCCGGCGGCAGCUUACCCACGGAGGGGCGCGCGUCGCACGAUUGCUUUCCACGAGUUGAGUGUGCCGCUGUCUCUGCCCAGUGCGACGGUAAGAUGGUUUUCAUCCCGCGCACGGCGCUGGAGCGCAUGAGCUCUGAUUCUGCGCCCCCAGGAGACCCGUGGGCGCCCUCGUCUCCUGUGCCGCCGGGCCUGGCCAACUGCAUCGAUGAGGGUUGGAGAACGGAUCUGCGAACAAUGCUGCUGUCGGGCAUUAGCGCCGCCUUGCCGAAUAGGCAAAACGGCUUGGCGACCAGCUGGUCUGCCAGCGGGCGUGCCGAAGCAAUCUGCAAAACACUUCCGUCGGACACCCUCAAGAUCAUCGGGUGCGGUAUUCCUCUUGUUUUCCUCAAGCAGGAUACGUGGAAAUAG